CUUUAAUUUCCAAUCGUUUAUCGGAGAUUAUUGAUCCCCUCGCAUAGGAGAUGAAGAGGGUAUAGAGACGUGCUUGUACGUAAUUUUGUUAGUGUGGGUGUUUGUACCACUUCGUCAUUAGGCGACUUUACAUCAAAAUCGAUUUCAGUUGUUGUCUUAAAAAGUCUUUUCUACAAAACAAGGCAUUAAAAUAUCAAAAAGAAUAAUUACUGUGUAGUGCAGACCCGCUGAAAAAGAAUAUUUGUUGUUUAUGUCUUUGCUGCUUUCUUCUACUUCUAAUUUUUGUUUCCCUGUCCUACACGAAUAUCAAGAAAAAUAAAAGAUGGGUCUAUGUAUAAAUCCAGUUUUCAACAAACAUGUCGCCGACUCUCAAAAUGUGACAAUAGAAUGUAUGGUGUUUGGUCACUCAGUCCUGUGGUCACUGCUUAAACAAUGAAUAAUGUCAUCAUAUCAACGGUAGUUGUUUACACGGUUGUUGUAAAGGAUAUAAGUGAACGGGUUGUAUAACUAGUAAUUUAUUAUCACUUUGUAUUUAUUUUGACAAAAGUAGAGAUUGUAACCACUUGUAAACUCCACAGUCUUAGCAUGUCUUUUCUACAGAAUGUGACGGGGGAAUGUAUGGAGUUAACUGCACUCAGUCCUGUGGUCAUUGUCUAAACAAUGAACAAUGUCAUCAUAUCAACGGUAGUUGUUUACUAGGAUGUUCUCCUGGAUACAAGGGAUCAGACUGCAAAACUAAAUAUAUAGAAUGUGACGGAGGGAUGUAUGGUAUAAACUGCACUCAAGUCUGUGGUCACUGCCUUAAUUAUGAACAGUGCCAUCAUAUCAACGGCACUUGUUUACAAGGAUGUUCUAAAGGAUACAAGGGGUCUCUCUGCAAGUCUGUUUGCGAUGGUGGACUGUAUGGAAACAACUGCAACCAAAGUUGUGGACAUUGUAUAAACGAUAUUCCGUGUAACCACGUCAGCGGUUUAUGUUUUGAAGGGUGUUCUAUCGGAUUCAAGGGAUUGCUUUGUGACAAAGCAUGUGACAGUAGAAUGUACGGUGUUAAUUGCAAUCAAGUCUGUGGCCAUUGUCUGAACAAUGAACAAUGCCAUCAUAUCAACGGUACUUGUUUACAAGGAUGUUCUAAAGGAUACAAGGGACCGGGCUGCAACGCUGCGUGUGAAGGUGGAAAGUAUGGUUACAACUGCAACCAAAGCUGUGGCCAUUGUUUUAACAAUACACAGUGUAACCAUCUUAAUGGAACUUGUCCAGAGGGGUGUGCUGUAGGAUACGAAGGGCUUCUUUGUACAAAUGUUUGUGGACGAUCGUACUGGGGAGUAAAUUGUAAAGAGACAUGUAAUACGGACUGUGUCAGUCAGACCUGUCAUCACGAAACAGGGCAAUGUAUAUCGUACGCGCAGGUACAGUCUUGCAACACAUAUAAGAAUGACUACACUAUCACCAUUACAAGUGUAGUUGUCUCUAUUUUAAUUGUGUUAAUGGGAAGUCUCCUAAACUUUGUCAUUUGGAGGAAAAUGCAGCAGAAAGGGACAGUUUUAGACACCCCAAAUGACAAAGACUAUUACAACGAAUUCCGAGCUGAUGAUAUAGGAGAUAAACAAAAGAGGCAGGAUAUGAAUACUUCCCCUUACGCAGAACUUAGUGAAUUUGACCACGCAAACACUUAUGAAGAAAUCCAUAAAUAUGGAAAAGCAGACGAAAAAAUGUAAAUGGCUGUGUUGAUGAUGUUUACAUUUUAAUGAAAAACUCAGAAUUAUUUGUAGCUUUGCUUACAUAGACAUUUCUUAUUGUUUAAUGUCUACACAUAUUUUCGUUUCUAAUUGAGGGACCAUGAGUCAUACACUCUCAGUUUCGUAAUGCUCCAUUUUAUCCUCACAUAUCUCUACUACAAUCAGAAUCCAAUCGCAUACAUGUAACAUGUUGUGGAGAAGGGGUUACACAUUUACAUUCUAACAUUACUUAUGUUUAUGUAUUAAGGUACAAUUUUCUGCUCAACAUUGAUGUUAAACCUUACGACCUGUACUUAAAAUUUUUAAAUUUUGCACAAUCCUUCAAAUGCGUUAUGACUAAUCCUUUUAAUGUAUGUCAAAUUUACUUGAUUUUUAGAUUUUUGUACACAUCUAAACAGAAUCUCACCACAACACGUUAUGGUGGAAGGAGGUUAUAGUAAUGCUACUGUUCAAAUGUUUAUAUACAAGCUUUAUGGCAAUCUUUACAUUGUCCACAAAUCAUAAUUUGCUUAAUUCUUAAAAUUGUAUUCCCUCUCAUUCUAUGCUGUGCUAGAGAUAUUUGACAUUUACAUUGUGUAUAUCUUCUUCCAUUUUGUAUUUAUAAAGUAUGAGUAAAAGGCCUAAACACAUAUUUUAAGGUUGUAUUUUUCUCUGAUUUUUAGUACAUUAUAGAUAAAAAAUUUGGUUUAGGCAUCACAUAUUAUAAUAUACUACACAAUAUUUUUUUCGUAAUUUUUUUUCUUCAAAUUAG